UGCAAAGCUGAGGUCUCUCCUCCAGCCUGGGCUUACGUCCACUUUAGAGAUGUUUGGCCUCUUCUUCCCCAAGCAGCCCGCCUUCAAAACCAGGACUCCUGGACCGGCGUCUGGGCUCCUUGCCCUCUACCGAGACCCCACUUCCCUCUAACCCAUUUCUUCCUCAGAUUUUUGAUUCUCCUGGGUCGGAGACUGCUCACUUCCCUUCCAAGUUAAUCCCUUCUCGCCAACACAUUGACAGCUUUGACCCCAAACCCCCUCCCCCUCACCCGCCCAGUGAGAGCCAGACUUCGGACAGACUUUCACAGUCCUAUCAUGGAGGCUGUGUACCUGGUAGUGAAUGGGAUGGGCCUGGUGUUGGAUGUGCUGACCUUGCUGUUGGACCUCAACUUUCUGCUGGUGUCCUCCCUUCUGGCUUCCCUGGCCUGGCUCCUGGCCUUCAUCUACAACCUGCCACACACGGUACUGACUAGUCUUCUGCACUUGGGCCGUGGAGUCCUAUUUUCACUGCUGGCCUUGUUUGAAGCCUUGGUCCGGUUCACCUUUGGAGGCCUGCAGGCCUUGUGUACCCUGCUCUAUAGCUGCUUCUCUGGCCUGGAGAGCCUGAAGCUCCUGGGACACCUGGCCUCUCAUGGGGCACUGCGGAGCCGGGAGCUACUGCACCGGGGCGUCCUCAAUGUGGUCUCCAGUGGCCAUGCUCUGCUGCACCAGGCCUGUGACAUCUGUGCCAUUGCCAUGAGCCUGGUGGCCUAUGUGAUCAACAGCCUAGUCAACAUUUGCCUCAUUGGCACCCAGAACCUCUUCUCCCUGAUGCUGGCCCUGUGGGAUGCAGUGAUGGGGCCUCUGUGGAGGAUGACAGAUGUGGUGGCUGCCUUCCUAGCCCACAUUUCCAGCAGUGCUGUAGCCAUGGCCAUUCUCCUCUGGACCCCCUGCCAACUAGCACUGGAGCUGCUGGCCUCAACUGCCCGCCUCCUUGCCAGCUUUGUGCUUGUCAAUCUCACUGGUCUGGUGCUGCUGGCUUGUGUGCUGGCAGUAACAGUGACUGUGAUGCAUCCAGACCUCAUCCUGAGGUUGGCCACGCGGGCCAUCAGUCAGCUGUAUGCCUGGCCAUCCUACCACCGGCUCUGGGAGGAUGUUAUGCGGCUGUCUCGCCUAGUGAUGGGCUUGGAGGCCUGGCGCCGAGUCUGGAGCCGAAGCCUGCAGCUAGUGAGCUGGCCGAACCGGGGAGGGGCACCUGGGGCUCCCCAGGGUGGCCCUAGGAGGGUGCCUUCAGCCAGGACCUGGGGACAGGAGACGACUCCUGAAGCAGGACCCACAUCAGAGGCAGAAGAAGAGGAGGUCAGAGUGACAGCUGCCCGGGGCCGGGAGAGGCUCAAUGAGGAGGAGCCUGCAGCCGGGCAAGACCCGUGGAAGUUGUUAAAGGAGCAGGAGGAGCGGAAGAAGUGCGUUAUCUGCCAGGACCAGAGCAAGACAGUGCUGCUCCUGCCCUGCCGGCACCUAUGCCUGUGCCAGGCCUGCACCGAAAUCCUGAUGCGCCACCCCGUCUACCACCGCAACUGCCCGCUGUGCCGUCGAGGCAUCCUGCAGACCCUCAAUGUCUACCUCUGAAGGCUCCCUACACGCUCUCCCACCCCACCACGCUUUGCACAGGCAUCUGCGCUGGGACAGUAU